GGCUCGACUUUAAAAGCCACACGGGGUACCAUACAGCUCUAUCUCAACCGAGUCAAAACUACAACCAGAUGCCUCGUCUUAUAAGUCUCGUUCUCAUCUCACUUCUCUCUGCAGCUGGCCUCGCUGCGGCUGGUGUUACCAAGGUCCUUCAAUGCGGGGCUUCCCAAUACGAUCCUGCCCAUUACACCUGCUACGACGGGGAUUUUCUCUGUCCCAUCCACGACCCGCAUGGCUACAGCGACGCCGAUGUGCUACUCCGCUGCGGUGACAACUGCUACUCGACCAACGAUUCAACCUGCAACGGCACCUCCGUCGUACCACUCCAAAUCGGCGAAAAUCCGUUGGAAGAUUGCGGUCCCCGCGCGCGGUUCUAUGCCCAGGACUACGUCUGUAUCGACGGCGACAUGCUCUGCCCGAUCGUCAAUCACCUCGGAUAUCUUCGGUGCGGGAAGGCGUGCUACGAUCCGUUCUCGUACAAAUGCACCGCGCGCAACACGCUCCUUGCGAUUCCCACCACCUGUCUCGGCCCGGACCAGUACAACCGCUGGUGUGACAACCAGGGAUGCCGCUGGCUCGACUGUUGUGAGGGUCUGAUCUCGGUCGCGGACCACUGUCGGUCGCCGUGUGAUUUCGGCGUGUGCAGCACGAGCGGUGAACCGACGGCGACCUCUUCCGCCCAACAGGCCGCUCCUAGUCAGUAACCAGGGGAUGAUAGCGAGCCGUGUUUUGAGCCGAGAAAUACGUACUUUUUAGUUUGUGUGUAGAUACUGUCAGUGCCCGGUCGAGAAUGAAGUGGAUCCUGUUUGCUUGUCAUUGUGGAACAGAGAAUGGAAACCAUGCACGUGAUCCAAG